AUGAGCAAACGAAAAUCGACAACAACUGUUAUCAGUGGUGCAGCAGCGAUGCCUAGCACCACCACUAUUACCAACGCGAACAAUCGUGCUGCUGUUGUGUUGUCUCGACCUAUGCAUCGGGUUCUUCAAAAUUUCCGGCUUCUAUGGCUUGAUGCCAAAUUGGAUGAAUCCAAUGACGAUUUCAAGAAAUCGUUUCGACGUCUGCGACGUGUUGUAGCAAGCAUCGAAACAUUUACCGAUGCUCAAGAAUGCAUUGAUUUUCUCAGUGCCAUUAAAAAUGAAAAGGUAUUUAUGAUCAUAUCUGGUUCACUGGGACGGCAAAUAAUAGCAGAUAUUGAAGCAUGGCCACAACUGGAGUCAGUCUAUGUAUUCUGUCGCAACCAAGCGGUCCAUGAACAAUGGGCCAAUAAAGUACCAAAGAUUAAAGGUGUAUACACAAAAAUCAACCCAAUAUGUAAGGCGUUGCAAAUUGAUCGCGAAAAUUGUGAUCGAGCAAUGAUCUCGAUCAGCUUUAAUGGUCGUGAUGCAUUAUUUAUGUAUACACAACUUUUAAAAGAAGCUCUUUUGGAAAUAGAAGAUGACGAUGUUAAAUCAAUUAAUGAUCUCGUAGAGUACUGUCGUCUACAAGAUGAUGUUGAUGAAGGUCAAAUUAAGAAGGUCGAAAAUGAAUAUCGUGAUCAUACACCAAUAUGGUGGUAUACGGCUGAAACAUUUAUAUAUCCAAUGCUGAAUCGGGGUCUCCGACAAAUGGAUGUUGACAUCAUCCUUAAAAUGGGCUUUUUCAUCCGACAUCUACAUCAGCAUAUUACUGAACUACAUCGCGAACAAAAAGGCAGCAUGCCAGCAAAUUUUCAAGUCUUUCGUGGACAAGGUUUGUCCAUUGAAGACUUUGAAAAAAUGAAAAAAACCAAAGGAGGACUUAUGUCCUUCAAUAAUUUUCUGUCAACAAGUCGUAAUCGUCAGAUAUCUUUCAACAACUUUGCACGACCAGCAGCAUUAAAUACAAAUUCAGUUGGCAUCCUUUUCAUUAUGAACAUUGACACGGCUAUUUGCACAAAUUCAUCAACACCAUUUGCUGAAGUAAGCAAAGUUGGCUACUACAAAGAUAAAGAGGAAGAAAUACUAUUUUCAACACAUGCGAUUUUUCGUAUCGAUCGCAUUGAACGAAUUCACGAUUAUCACUGUGAUCAGCUAUACGAAGUUAAUCUCACUAUUGUGGGUAAUGACAAUCAUGAAUUGAACACACUUACAGCACACAUACGCAAGGACCUUGGUGUGCGCACAGGAUGGUCUCGACUUGGGUACAUACUUAUUAAAGUGGGCGAACCUGCCAAAGCAGAACAACUCUAUCAAAUUCUCCUCCCAAAGGCAUCUUCUGAUGAAGAGCGAGCGGAAUACAAUUAUCAACUUGGCUGGGUUUCUAGACACCUAGGCCAGUACUCAAACGCACUUCCAUUUUACGAAAAAGCACUUCAUAUCUACGAAAAAAUUCGCCCUCCGAAUCAUCCUGACUUGGCUUCUUCCUACAACAACAUCGGUGCGGUGUAUUAUAACAUGGGCGAGUACUCGAAAGCACUUUCAUCGUACGAACGAUCACUUGAAAUCCAGGAAAUAGCUCUCCCUACGAAUCAUCCCGACUUGGCUUCUUCCUACAACAACAUCGGUGCGGUGUAUUAUAACAUGGGCGAGUACUCGAAAGCACUUUCAUCGUACGAACGAUCACUUGAAAUCCGUAAAAUAGCUCUCCCUCCGAAUCAUCCCGACUUGGCUAUUUCCUACAACAACAUCGGGUUGGUGUAUAAUAACAUAGGCGAGUACUCCAAAACACUUUCAUCGUAUGAACGAUCACUUGAAAUCCAGAAAAUAGCUCUCCCUCCGAAUCAUCCAGACUUGGCUGCUUCCUACAACAACAUCGGUGCGGUGUAUGAUAACAUGGGCGAGUACUCGAAAGGACUUUCAUCGUAUGAACGAUCACUUGAAAUCAAGAAAAUAGCUCUCCCUCCCAAUCAUCCCGACUUGGCUGCUUCCUACAACAACAUCGGUAUGGUGUAUGAUAACAUAGGCGAGUACUCAAAAGCACUUUCACAUUACGAAAAGGCACUGGAUAUCGACCAGACGGCUCUUCCGCCAAAUCAUCCCAACUUGGCUUCUGACUACAACAACAUCGGCAAUGUGUAUGCUAAAAUGGGCGAGUACUCAAAAGCACUUUCAUCGUACGAACGAUCACUUGAAAUCAAGAAAAUAGCUCUCCCUCCGAAUCAUCCCGACUUGGCUUACACUUACAACGGUAUUGGGUUGGUGUACGAUACGACGAGAGAGUACUCAAAAGCACUCUCAUUUCUGCAAAAAGGACUUGAGAUACGACAAAUAUCACUUCCUCCGAAUCAUCCACUUAUCACACAAUCGCAAAGAAACAUUGAAAAUGUAAAAAAGAAAAUGUAAUUGUUUUUUUUUUCUAAACAAGAAAAUAAACUGGCCAUCUUGAAAUAUAAGCACGCCGAAGCCAGCAGCUCCAAAAUUUCGCGCACGCGCGACCAGAGAUACCCUCCGUAUUCUGCUGGCUCUUACGGUCGACAAAGCCGGCAAUGGUUAGGCAAACAUACAUCGAUGUACGUAUGAAUAGUACGACCAUGAUCAUCAUUUUCGAAAAGACGAUGACGAAAUGGACGCUUCUAUUCUUACAUACAUUGAUCUAUGCUAUGAAGGGCUACCAUCUGCACGCCUGCAAGGGUCACCAACAGAACGUCGGAUAUCCCUGAGAAGGUUCCUCUGUUUUAGAGCCACCCUCAAAACCUCCAUUAGUUAGAAAAUUAUUUUUAUUCUUCUGUUAUGAAGAACCAGAAGUAGAAACGGAAGAAAGUAAAGGUAUGAAAGCGGAAAGGCGCGAUAAAAGAUGACGUCGACGUAACGGAAUGAUAAUACGCAGCGCAUGAUAACAACCGGU